AUGUUUGUGGCUUGGCUAUCCACUGAGGACAACAAUUUGGAGUCAAAAAGAGCCAGGAAAGAAGCCUCACUGGUGCUGGGCUUCUCGGACAAAGAUAAAAUCGGAACCAUCCAACCCCAUGACGAUGCUCUGGUUGUCACACUCAAGAUAGGGGGAUAUGAUGUGAAGAGAGUACUGGUAGAUCAGGGCAGUGCUGUGGAGAUAAUGUACCCCGACCUGUACAAGGGGCUGAAUUUAAAACCCGAAGACCUAACGGCGUACGAUUCCCCUAUAGUAAGUUUCGAGGGAAAGACUGUUACUUUAAGAGGCCAGAUUAGACUGCCUAUACAAACCAAUUCGGACGUGGUGGAAGUGGAUUUCAUUGUGGUGGACGCUUAUUCACCCUACACAGCUAUUGUGGCUAGACCUUGGCCUCAUGCCUUAGAAACUGUCUCUUCUACCCUGCACUAG